CUGCCAAAAUGGACACGGAUUACGAUCGAAAGUUCGAGGAGAUGAAGAAGUACAUACCGUUCUUGGAAAGUAUGAUCAAAAGACUGGAGAGCACCAGCGGUGGAUCAGGUUCAGCGAAUCCUCGACAGGCUCAGCUCGAUAAAAUCAGAUCUCUCAGAGACUUGCUCCUUGACAAAAAGAAAAGGAUGAAAAUGGAGAAUUUACUGAAAUGCGAACAAGUGCUGGUUAAUUUGUACGCAAAGGUUGAACAGCGAGACACUUUGCCGGGAAUUAGACCAGUAUCCGAAAUAUUUCCAUCGAGCUCGCCGAAUUCGGACAGUGAUUUGAUCUCUGUGAGAAACAAGCUAAAAAGUGUAACUUUAAAGCAGAAGAUCAAAGAAGAAGAAACUCUACCAGAGAUAGCUAGACGCAGUGAAACCGAGGAAAUUUGUACUCCCGGUAGUAAGGAGCCAGCUUUGUUUCAAAGACGACCAAACAAAGCUAUAUCGCCUUCUCUAUCAUCUUCGGUACAAAUCGCAGAAAAGAUGUCACUCCAAAAGUCAAGUUCAAAGCGUAAUUAUACUCGCGUGUUAGUAUCUCCAGAGCCAAACCGUCAGCGGUGGUCCAUUGGUGAAGAAAAUACUGCACAAAAACCUUUGUUCAGCAGGAGAUCACCUCGUAGGUCCCCCAAGAGGCAUUCUCCUUCCUACAAAAAGGAAAAAAAAAAGUCUUCCAAUGAAACUAGACAUACUAAGGAUUUAAAUAUUACAUUAAACGUGCCUCAGGAUAGUUUGGAUUCCUUGAAUACUGAUGAUAUCUUGUCACGAAUAAUCAAUUGCGACGAUAAUGACGUUGACAUUGCUACUUUACGUGAUCUGAGAACACAAAUCCUUGGAGAGUUAAAACAAACCGGUGCAAGCGAAGAUAUAUCGGACAUAAUAAUGAAAUCCUACAAAACUAAGAAAAAGAGGAAUGUUAUGAAAGUUAGGAAGAGGGACGAGGUUGAGGAAGGCGAAUUGUCCGAUAGUGAGAGUGAAGCAAUUGAAAGCAUUUAUGGUAGUUUAGUCGUGGUCGAUAAAGACAAAGCUACUUCAGUUCCAAGUGGAACUGAAGACUCUAUUGACAAAGAAAUUCAAUCUCGAAAAAUACAAAUUUGCUUAGUGAUCAAUUCGGAUAAGGAUGAUAAAGGUCAAGAAAUACCGAAAGCUACAGAAGUCUCCGAUUUUGAGAUGUUUGAUGUCAUUGAUUUUGCGAAGCCAACAGAAGAGGAUAAAGAAAAGGAAAUUAUGCAACCACGUACAGUUGAUGACGUCCAAGAUAAAAUGAAACGAUUGAAUGUCUCGCUAAAAGAAAAUGCUUCAAAGCAAGUAGUUAUUACUAUUGACGAUGAUGACGAAAGUAAGAAAACUGUAGCGUCACAAAUAAAUUUGGAAAAUACUAAAGGAGCUGCAAAAGAUUGUGACAAAGACGGUGACAGUAGUUUCAUAGAUCUGUCUAGCACUUCAGAGGCAGAAAAUUCUCCAGAUAAGGCUAAAGAAAGAUCAACUAAAACUCAAACGAUCAAAGCUAACUUUUAUAAACCUUUACAUGAAAAUGAAGUUAUGGAAUUAUCAAAAAAUACGUCGGAAGUAUCUGAUGCGACACAAUUAAUAAAUAAAGAGUCGUUUUUAAAAAGUGAACCUGUUAUAGGUAAAGAAGCAUUAAAGUUACCUGCUGUUAGUACAGGCGAUAAAAGUGAUGUAGAAGUGAAAGAGGAUUCAUUUUUACAUGCUAAACCUGUUCUUCCAAAUAAAGUUGACGACUCCGAACCUGAAGAGUUUCCAAAAAAUGUAGAAAUUCCGCUGCUGAAUACAGAACCCGUUGUAGCUGCUGCACCUGUGAAGAAUGUUUUGUCUGAGAUUGAUAUUCUACAGGCUUUAAAAAAUGAAAUCUUGAGUGAAUCCAUUGCUAUUCCUGGCGCGGAAGGCUCUACUCCACUGCUACAUCAACCUAAGGUUACUAAGGUCGCCAAUACCCAGGAAAUUAUUAAUAAAAAAAGAAUAUCAAUAGAAAAAUACAAGCAGAAGGCAAAUUCCACAUCUACAUCUUCUCUUUUUAUGAAUGAAUCUAAUGUUUCUGCUCCGAGAUAUUAUGAUUAUGGAAAAAAGCAAAGUUUAAAGCUCACUGAAGAAGAAUGUGAAAGAUUUAAUUUUCCAAAAAAAAUAGCGUUGGAUGACAGUUCAGAUGAAGAAGACAAGAAUGAUUAUUCUGCUGACGACAUUUACGGAAAUCUUGCACCUAAAUCGCCUGAAAGUGAUGAUGUGUCUACCGUUGGCUCUUCGACACCAAUUAUUAUUCCUGUUGAUCCCAUAAAACCGAACGUAGUCAGUUCUAAAAUUGAUGUCGACAUGAGAACACUUAUGCCUAUCUUAUCACCAAACUCUGGUAAACCGUUACCAGUACCUCUUCCACCGCCUCUUAUGUCGUUACUUUUACCUGUGCCUUCGCCAAUCGAAUCGAAAUCUGAACUAAAUAAAAGACCACACUUGACGGACCCGCGAGUAAGACGAGAUUUUAAUAAACCCAUGAGCAAAGAAAGUCCCAACCCAUAUAUUUCGAACUCGGAAAGAUCAAGGCAUCCAAAUUACGCCAACAUGACACCUAAUCGGACACCUAGUAUGACACCCAAUGCACGUACAUAUGAAAUGACUCCCUCACACCAGUCAUUGGAUUUAGAAGACAAUUCGAAUCGAAAACAUGUGUAUGCCCCCUUACCAACAUUUGAGUCACGAGAAUCUGACGGAAGAGAAAUUUCUACGCCUGUAUGGGAGACUAAUAUCGAUUCAGUCAAUGAAGGACGUAAAAUACUUUGGGAGGACAGAGAAGACAGAGAUGGGAAUAAUUUGAGAUGUUAUUGGGAAGAACAUGAACGCAAAAGUGAUCGGUGGGAUGCUAGCAGAAGAGGUUCUUCAACACGAGAUCUAGACUAUCAAAAUUCAAGAUAUGAUCAUUCAGACACAUAUCAACAUUCUAGGAGUGAUAGAUACAGUAAUGACCAGAGAGAUGAUUAUUAUAAUCGGCAAGAUUGCCCGCGGACGCCUAAUCACCCUUUCGGAAGAGUGGAUUGUCCCUCUACGCCCAAUCCUUCAUUUGGCAGGCAUGAAGCACCAAUUACACCAAUUCAUUCGUUCGGUAGAUCAGAUUGUCCAACAACUCCUAGCCAUCCUUUCGGCCGAUCUGAUCGUCCUCAAACGCCUAGUCAUGCAUUUGGUAGAUCUGAAUGUCCACUGACUCCUAGCCAUCCUUUUGGAAGGGCAGAUGCAUCGUUGACACCUAGUCAUCACUUUGGCAGAACUGAUUGUCCGAUGACACCUAGUCAUUCUUUCGGCAGAUCUGAAUGUCCAAUGACACCCAGCCAUCCGUUUGGACGCAACGAGAGGAACAUGGCACCAAUGACCCCAAGUCAUCCGUUCGGAAGAUCCGACUAUCAUCAAAAUCAACCUGUUCAGAAAUUAAAAGAUCCAAGGCUGAAUAGGACUACUGAGUACGAAUCCCAAAGACGCGAUGAUGAUAAAGAUCGGGAUUACUAUAGAGAUCGAAAAAAGUCCGAUCACUGUAACAGGUCGCACAAGGAUUCAAGUUCUUAUUACAAUUACAGUCGCGAACAGAGUAUAGGCAGAAAUGAUAGGGAUAAGAAUUAUGAACAAAGAAGACAAAUUAGGGAGCGGACGCCGCAUCGAGAGUCAAGCGUUGGACGUGGUUUACCCAAAGAUAGUGAAAGAUGCUAUACUCAUCGAGAAACCGACAGGAAUAAUGCUAAUGACAGUUGUCAAGAAAAUUUCGACGAUUCAAAAAUGAAUUAUCAACGAGCUUCCAGUGUUGGACGUACUCAUCCUUCCGACGGUAGAUACCGCCGCUCGUCGUAUGUACCUCCACAUAUGCGCAGGAAAAAACAAGAUGCCAAUAACGAUAACACGUUGUCGGUCAAACCUCAAUCUGGACGCUCUUUUAUAAUUGAUACUAGCGUAAAUAGAACAUUCCAAGAAUUCCUAAACGAAAAGGGUUUGCAUCUGCCAGUAUUUGAUCAAUCUUUUGAAUCGCGACGCCAGCGUGCUGCGAGUGUCGGUAGAUCGUUAACUCGAGAACCUAGUAUUGGGCGAACGCAGCGCGAGUCUAGUGUGGGAAGAAAACUCCCUAAGCCUACAGCCGCUACUCAUGAUUCACUAGAUUACAAGGGAAUGGUGAACUUUGUACGAGCACGUAGUAUGAGCAGAGAUUUCGGAGACAAUAAACAACAAAAAACUCUUAACGAGAUUAAAGCAGAUUUUCAAUCUUACAGUGCCAGUUACAAUAAAAAAGAACACACCAAAAAAAAUGACCAAAAAGGCACCUCCCAAACUGUCCGUAGUCGGAAAGAUCUUCACCAAAUGCAACACGUGACGCAACAUCAGCAGAGUAGUACUAAGACCGCUUACUCCCCUCGAAAGAAUCAGAGAGAUCCCAGAGUGAAGCGAGAUCAACAUUAUGACAAUAAAACUAGAAACAGGCAUGAAAGUAAGAAAAAUGCUUAUGGUAUUGUGUAUUCUAGCGAUAAUAUAGCUAAAGGUACUAUACUAGGUUCGGGCUACGGAGUUAGGAAUUAUAAAAUUCCUAAAAUCAAACGUCCAGUUGAAGAAAUGACCAAAGAAGAUCCCAAAGUAAAAGAACAACAAAAAAAGCCAACAGUAGAAAAAAGUAACGUAUCUGAGAAAAAAAUUAAAGAUGCGAAGAUCAAAUUUGUAGACAAGAAAAUGACAAGCGAGAACAAAGAACUCGAAGAAGCAAUUAUCACGGCAAAAGUUAAUAAGAAAGAGAAGAACAGGUCUGAGAUUACGGAGGACAAGAAUCGACCUAACGAAAAAAAUAAAGGCAUAUGUGAUAAGACUGAUAACAAAGCAACUGUAUCGGAUGACAGUACCAAGAGACUAACACGAUCAUCUAAAAAAUGUGAUGUUGCGUCGAAAGUGUCGGUUGAAGUUUCUAGUCAUAAAACCAGAAAAAUUAAAAAGGUCAUUAUUGAAUCCGACUCCGAUUCUGAAGUAAAGGAAGUUAAACAAGUUGAUAACAAUCAAUCUAAAAUUGGAGAAACGACUGAAAACAUUGAUUUAUUUAAUUCCGGUUUUGGUAUCUACGAUCUGGGAAUAUUUCCAGGUAAUAGCGGGGUUGUUGACGUUGUGGCAAAUAUAAAUGAUUUAAUUGCAGAUCUGGAUAAAGAAUUGGAAAACAAUAAAUCUGCUGAAGACAAUAAUCAGUUUACUCAAGAGUUAAGCCUUGAAAAUAUGCUACAAAAUAUUAACAGCCCCGAAGCCGAGAAUUCGAAAGAGAGAUCGGUGGAAGAAUCUUUACAAGAUAUAUCAGAACUUAUCAACAAUGAUUUAAAAGAUGCAGUUGAUACGCCGUCUUCUUUACAUGAAAAGAAAAUAGAUCCUUCAAUACUAGCAGGUCCUGAUUCGGCACCGUCGAAUGUGCCAAUUAAAAAUUUUACAAAAAUUGAAGAAGAAAAGAUCAAUGAAGCUCAAACAAAAAAAAUAAAUAAAGUUUCUAAAGUAUCAGAGUUGGUGGAAAAGAACAGUUCAAAUGAUUCAAAUAAACUGACUAAUGAAUCUAUUGUAUCUACGACUAAAAGUGCGGAGCAAAAAAUUGAUGAUAAAUUCGUAGACACAGUAGACGAUCUAAGUUCUACUCCUGAUAGUACAAUAAAUACGAGUGACGUAGUUCAACACAAACCUUGUGAGGCAAGCUUACCAGAUAGUACCAACGAAUUGCACACCGAAAACUCGGAGAUAACAUCUACUCAUGAUGCUGGUAUCAAAGAUACCUUGGUGCUUAAUUCUUUAAAUAACAACGGCACACCUGAAAUCGGUUCCAUCAGCAACCUGCUUUCUAUAUUACAAAAUAAAUCUAAAAUUAACGAGUUACUUUGUAUGCUGGGAGGAAAGUCGAGUGAUAAUGACAAAAUGAUGAAGAAAUUGGAGAAACUGAAAGAGUUAGUGUCUGAUGAAGAGGACACUAAUGAUGACUUAGAUAAAAAUGAAACGGAGGGAAUAUCAAACCAAAAUGAAAUGCCUGAACUUGAGGACAUCAAAAAACCUCAAGAUAAGCCAGUGCUACCGAUUGACUCUACAGAAGUACAUUUAGAAACUUUUGAAAAAGACACAGAAAAAGCAAAUGAAGCUCCUGUACCAGAUGAACCAGCAAGUGACGACAAAGGCACAGAAGAACACGUUAACACCACGUCUGAAAAACUGACAAGAGGUAGACCGGGCAAAAAAGCACGGAAAAGCAAAUUAAAAGCAGAGAAGAAAAUUAUGUCAACCAAAGCAAAACGAGUUACCAGAUCAGGUACUGUUUUAAACACUGGGAAACCUAAAGCGUCAAGAGAACUAAGGCAACUACAGAAUGAUAUCAAAGAAAUGUUUAUAAGUGACGAUAUUUUAAAUGCUACGGGAAUAAGGAUGUGCCGCCUGGCGAAGCUUGUUGAUGAAAAACAAGAAAACCAAGACGGGGAAAACACAACUGUAAUCGAACCAAAACCUGUAGUCGUUCUGCAGAAAUUUAAAGAAAAAGAACUUCUCGAAGACAAGGCACUCAAAAUUAAAAAGAAGCCUGGGCCGAAACCAAAACCUAAAGUGACUAUUAACGACAGUCAUUCUGAUGUAGAGAAUAAAACAGAAAUAAUUAAAACACCUCCAAUAAGACGUAAGCCAGGUCCAAAAUCAAAAACUAAAAUUUCUCAGGACGAAUUAGAUCCUUACGCGUUCGAAUCAGAUUCAGUUAGCGAUAUUACUACAUCACAACGAAGCGAAGACAUGCAAAAUAGUUCUGAAUCAGAAAGCGAAUCUCUUGCAUCAUCUAAAAGUUUUGAAAGUACUGAAGCAUUAGCCGAUUUAAAGAAAAAGAAACGAAAGCGGCGUUCAGGCUGGUCGUCGGGAGUUAUAGCUAAAAGAAAGAAAAAGAUUGAUGCAAAACAGAAAGAAUCUUUGGAACGUGAGCUUUCACCUGAAAUACUACUACAAAAGAAAGUAAAUUUUCCAGAUAUGUCUUGUUUUGUAGACAAAACGUAUUGCUUUUAUAGAAAUAUUUCUAUAUACCCAUGUCGAUUAUGUGAAUAUAGCGGUAGUGAUAUAGUUCAUCAUUAUAAAAAGCAACAUCCUCAUUCUGAAAUACCUCUGUCUAGGAUGAAUGCAACUGUCGCUCGUGAAGCCAUUGAACAAUGCGAAGAUAUUGACUUCAAUGCUAUGAGUAGAUUGCCUUCGGACAAAUUCAUAUGUCGAUUUUGUUACAAAGAAAUGUAUGGUAAAAGGGCUCUACUGGAAACAUUCUUUUGGCACGUGGUUAGCAUGCAUACAGGAGAAUACAAACAACUUUGUCCGGAAUGUGUCAAUGUUGUUCCCUGCCCAUUUAACUUGGACAUACCUCCACCUCCUAAGGACAUUAAAGGUCAACUAAUCGGGUAUAUUUGUGGUAAAUGUAACUUUACACAGAUAUCUCUAGAAAACCUAAAAAUUCACGUGAUUGUCCGUCACAAUGAUGAACAAACGGAGGUAUAUACCAUAAAUUUGGCUAUCAUGACGAAGAAAACCUUAGCGGCUCUUAUGAAACGUCAAUCUAUUAUUUCUGAACCUCGUUUACUCAGAAGUCGCACUAAUCUAAGUGUAACAGAAACCAGUGGCGAUCGUAGUGAUGAGUACAGUGAACUAACUGAUAUAAGUUAUCAAACAACUGAAUCAAAGAAAGAUUCAGAUAUUCAAGAUAGAUCCACUCCUAAAAUCCCCGUUCAUUCAAAACUUACUUUUGAAAGUGAUGAUACCCCUAACUUGCCUCCAGAAAACAUAAAAAUCGAAAAAGAAGAUAAUCGAGAAGAAAUGUUUGAAGCACAUAGCGCCGCUUUUGUAGAUCUGGCACCAGUUUCAGACAUUUUAGAUUAUCCGCAUUUUAAAAUCAGCUUCAAAGAUGCUGGUGCUAAAGAAUACAUUUGUUGUAUAAAUGGAAAUGACAAUCAUUAUAAAACUUCACUCUUGAUUUCUAUGAAGAAACAUGUACAGAUAAAGCAUUCUGAGAACUGGGAUGGGUAUUGUUUCGUUUGUAAAGUCAUUGUCAUGCCUCAAGGGAAACAUAGCUUCAGAGACUGCUUGCAACAUAUGCUAGAUAAACAUAUUGAUACUUUCCCUGUUUUGGCAAAUAUGGAGACUACAGCAGAAAUUGCUACUACUUCCCCAGAAGACGCAGGAAUUAAAACUUCAUGUUCUCUAGAAAAACCAACCGUUGAAGAGCCACCUUCUUCGAAAUCAUACAUAAAUGUUCGGCCAUUGUCAGAUCUAAUGUCAAAAGAAAAUGAAAUUCCUGCUGCUGAAGGUGAUUCUGACGCUUUACCAAAAAUACAAAGUGUCAUAAGCUUAGGCGCUCACUGUGUGGAACCUUCAAACCCAACCCCCCCUGUAGACAAAGCUAUGCAAAAUAUGUUAACCCCACCAAAACUUCAGGAACAGGUUCGAUACGAAGAAGCUCAAGCUGAAAUUAUGUCAAAAAAGCAUCGAGUGGUUCUGGAUGCCAUGUUAGUUCCGGAAAAGUUAAUACAAAUCUUCAAAUGCGCAGGUCGCUUUUGUUCAUUCACGACGGACUCUGCUGAAGCCGCAUUAGUACACGCUUCUACUCAUCAGCGCAUUGGCGGAGAAAACGCUCUUAUGUGUGCUUAUUGUGACUCCGAUGCUAAAGGAAACGGAAUUGAUUUGAUCACGCAUGUGUUUAAAAAUCACGCCUACUGUCAUUAUACUUGCGGGUAUUGUUUCUAUCGGGCGGCCGCCAGUCAGUUAGUGCGAGCUCACAUGAUCAGAGUUCAUGGCAUUCAACAUGCUCAAAGUGUUGUUUACCAAAAUUCAGUAUCCGUAACGACCAAUGAAGACAAAGCUGACAUUUUACCGCGAAAUCUGGCUGUUCAGUACUACAUUUGUGCUGCGUCGAAUUGCAAGUUCAAGACGUUUACUCAAGGAAAAUUCUCCGAGCAUUUGAUGAAACAUGAACCGCCGCAUUCGUGUCAUAUCUGCUCGUCCUCUUUUCCAAGUCCUGGAGAAGUAAUUCAACAUUUGAAAACUCAUGGACUAAUGCUGUAUCAGUGUACAUGGUGUGUAUAUGGAGCCGAAAAUGAAGGAGAUUUAUUGCAACAUGCAUCAGCCAAACAUCCGUCUAAAAUUCCGCAAGCUUAUUUGAGAGUCAUUACUCAAAAAGAUGGAAAUGCGUCAAAAAUGAUGGUACUGCCUUUAGCUCAGCUAAACAAAUCUAUUGUACAAGUCCAAGUCUUGACUGCUGCUAACAAAACUGAUGAUCCUUCUAGAGAAGCAGAAAGGGCUAUUGACUUGGAAAAACUGAUCGGUUCGGUAAUAUUACCGACAAUGGACACUACAGCGACAUUAACGGUUGUUCCUGAUAAUGACCCAAAUAUUGAAUGCACGCACCCGCUGGACACAAACUCGGAAAUUAUGGAUCAAAUACCUCAUGAGCCAACAUUAACUGAUGAUUCAGAAAUGGCAACAUUGAUUCCAGAACCGCCUCGUGUAUUAACUUCAGUACCGCCCACAGAGAUACCAACUGAAGAGCAAAAUUUACAAUUUACACCUGUGCUUAAAACCGAACCAAUUGAUGAAACCCCUACAAAAGAUAACCCGUCAAGUGCAGAUGUUAUUUGCUUGGACAGUGAUGAGGAAGAUUCUCGAGAUACAGCCCAAAAUAUAAUAAGUCUCUCCGAUGACGACAGUGCCACUUCCACAGAAAAUAUGAAGACUGAAGAUAAUUAUGAAAAGUUUUCAGCUUCCGAUUUGUAUAAAUGUUCUGGUUGUUCUGUUGUCUACAAAUCUCCGGCGGCAUUUAAGAGGCAUAUUAUAUCAUGUAGAAGUAAAAUGGAUAAAUUUAACUGCGCUCACUGCCCUAAAACAGUGAAUUACUUGGACGAACUUCUAAAGCAUUAUACCCAGGACCACGGGGCCUGUCCAAAAUUACGCAGACAAAAGUCACAAACAUACACAAAGGAACAGCGGAUGCAAAACUAUGUAUGUGGCAUUUGCGAUUACAAAGGUUCGAAACUUUUUUUCAUAAAAAGUCAUUUAAAGAAUUAUCAUGGAGUUACGAACGUCAUUGUGGUUUCAAAACAUUUAGACGAUGGUGGAUUUUUGUACACUGUUCGCGAUGCCCCAGGACCCAAAAGAAACCUUUCUGCUGGUAGCACAUCUGAACAAACUCCACCAAAACGUAAACGCUACAGUCCUCGGGACUUGAAUCAGUUACCAACAAGGCCCAUCUUCGAUGAACCGGCCUUCUGCUCUGAAUGUGAAUUCAGUACUAAAGUGCUUCCGAAUCUUGUGAGACAUCUACAGCAACACGCCGAAGCCCAGGCUGUGCCGUCUACUGUACCUGUUAACCCUGUACCCCAUCUUGAGACAAAUGAAAAACAUUUCGAUAAGAUGAUCAAUCUUGCUUCUAGUUCACUAAUAAAUAAAAAUGAUAAACCCUCCCGAAGUGAGAGGACUCCUUCGGUGACUCUACUGAUACCACCUGAAGCCGCUGCGCGAUAUCCUAAAUAUGUGCCUGAGAGACGACGUCACACAUGUGGGGCUAAAGACUGCUCUUACAUUUCUGUCGAUGAAGCCAUGCUCAAAUGCCACUGGGAAACUCUUCACACUGGAUCUAAUAACUUUCAUUGUGUCCACUGUCCUCCUUAUCAACAUUUAGACACUUCGAGACCUUUGACAGCAGCUCGUAUUAUCGCUCAUUUAAAAAUGCACGAUGUACGGCUCUAUGCUUGUUCGUCUUGUUCAUACUAUCACUAUCGAAGACAAGUGCUUGAGAAACACUUGGCUGAGAAUCACAAGGGAGCAGGGCAGGUCAUGAUAGUAAGAGAGGAGGCAACUAAUCAGGCUCCCGCUGGUGCAGGUCAAGCUGCCCCUGCGACUCCCACUAUGGAUUUAAAACCGUGGCAAUGUGGACUGUGUAAAUAUAAGAACAUGCUUCGUCAAGAAGUGAUCGAGCACUGUUCAAAAGUGCACAAUUCGAAAUGGCAGUACAAGUGCCCAAAUUGUCCAUUCAGAGGAUCUACAUUGGAGAACGUGUCCAAUCACCAGUCUAGAGUACAUCCUGAGAGUCAUGACGAUGUGUUUUACUAUUAUUACAGAGAAGGUUCAUUUCCUGAAGAGGCCGAUGGUAUUCCGCGAUGGCAAAAACAGCGACAGAAAAUAAACUCUGAGUGUGAAGUGAAAACGGAAUCUCAAACUGAAACGGAAGCACCAGUCCCUGGUAUUACUUCACCAACACCAGCCUCUGUAACAGCAGCAAAGUCUGUCACAGUUAAUCUUAACUUAGUGAAAAAGGAAGUAGUAGACAACGAAACUGAAGAAUCGAUUGAACAGUUGUACAAGAGGUUCGGGUCGUUAUGUAAUCCAAAUGGCUUGAAAUAUAAGUGUCCUCUGUGUAAAAUCGUUAUGGAAGACAGUAAGGAUGCUAUGCAGUCACAUUUAUACGAAGAGUUGCAGUAUAGGAAAUGGGGUUGCAGUAUUUGCAUGUACAAGGCGUUUCAUAAAACUGGUCUUAACGAACACAUGUUUAUCGAGCACAGUUUUAGACAAGUCUCAAGACAUCAAGAAUUAAUAGAACUACCAACGAACGUCAAUAUCGAAAAGUGGGUUACGAAGGUCCUUGAUCAUCAAACGGAUAUAAUUGCAAAGAACAAAGAAAACUUAGACAAACAAAAAAUACAAACUCCAAAACCUGACGCGACAUCAACGACGACGUCUACGCCUCCUUUUAAAACAGUCCAGACCUCGGAUAAUGUUAGUGUUGGAGCGAAAGAAUUUGAUAAUUUGAGUCAAGCUUUUGGAAAAUUUGGAUCCCCCAAAAAUAUAGACUUUUGCUGCCCUAAAUGUGAUUUACAAACCAGAGACGAAAAUGUAAUGAAAAAUCAUUUGGAGUUAGAAUUGAACAAAAUAAGGUGGCGAUGCAGUAGUUGUAGUGAUUAUUCACAGAAUUAUCACGAAGCGCAGUUGCAUUGCAAGACUUGCAAAAAUUUGCGCCCAGGCCAGAGCGCAAGACCGAUCGAAGCUGUGAGGAAUCCAUCCAUGAGAGUGGCGUGGGUCAGCGCUGUCAUAGACACCCAAAAACACACGAUGAAACAGCAUGAAAAUGUGUCUCCGUCCUCCUCAAAGGAUGACCAAUCCAAUCUCUUUGACACGAUCGAUAAUUCUCUGCUAGCUGUCCGCUAUGAAGAAAAAGUACCCACACCUGAAGAAGAGAUGCUUCAAAGGAAAAAAGGCACGCCUUCUGCGUUCACGACUCCUGCUGCCACAAGUCCUGACAGCGACGAUGAAAGAUUAGUCAUAGAUGAACCAACAACAGACGAAGCUGAAACUCCACCGAAAAAAAAAUUAGAAGGCAAAAAAAAAUGUAAAUACUGCGACUUCACCACUAAAUACAGCCAAGCAAUGUAUACUCACACGUUAAGGCAUUACAACUUGAUGCCUCUUAAUUGUGCAUUCUGCGGGUUUUCCUGCCAUAAAGCAUCUAUGUUCAAUCAUUUUACGUACUAUCACCCAGGUGAACCAGAAAAGUAUACUAAAACACCAAUCCCACCUGGUCCGCCAGUUAUAAUUAACCUGGAAAAGAAAAGGUGUCGCAGAUCGUUGUCUGAUGAUUAUAAUACUACUCACAAGAAGGAAAAAGAAAAAAGCGAAAGCGUUCCUAAAAAAGAGGAAUCACAACCAAAGGAAGAUGCCCCUAAAACUGUUUGUUUAGUAUGCGAAAAGGUUGUUUCUGAGUCAGAAAAGAGCUCUCACUUCCACGAUAAAAUCCUUGUAACUUACGCCAAGAAAGGAGAAGUCGUCGUUAAAUGUUGCAUUUGUCUCGCUCUUUUACUUGACGACAAUGCAAUGCAAGAACAUCAUGCCGCUAACCAUCCCGGCACAUCAAUAAACUACGCGUAUUUCAAGCUAAAUUACGACACUAGAGAGAUACUUUGUUGUGGUUACUGCAAAAAAGGUUUUAAGUUUAUUCGAGAAUUACGAACACAUCAUAAUACAUUGCAUUGUUCGUUGUCAUUUAAAUAUGAAAUUAAGCCAUAUACGCCAGGCGCUCACGACCAUCUAGAUAGUGAACAAGAGGGCACAUCCUGUGCCAAAAGGAAGAAUGAUAAUUCUACACUACCUCUACCAAAGAGAGUUGCAAGAAAAUCGACAACGAAAUUACCUUAUAGAACUGUUGCUCGGAAGUCGACUACGAAACUUCCGUUCCAGGAAUCUGAUCUGGAACGGGAAAAAUUCUCAUAUUACGGCACAAAACCAACACCUAUAGAGCAGCUGGAUAAAGUUAACCUGAUCAUGUCUUUCUCCAACACAAUGAUGCCUAUGACGCUUAGAAAGUUGAGUGAAUUUAUGAACAUUGAUCCCAAAGUUAUUGUUAAAGACUGCAAAAAGUAAUUGAAUACUAUCGACUGAUAAGUGACAUCCAGUGAAAGUUAUUAUAAGUAUUAUUACUUCCGUAAACUCUUUGUUAGUGAUUUUGAUAUUCUUCUGCCUAGUUAAAGUGGUGAGAAAAAACCUAAUCUGUGAUUAAAAAGACAUUCUGUAUUAAGCAAUCAUUAGUAUUAAGUAUGUUUCUAGAUUUAAUCUAAUAUUAAAAUUGCAUUUGUAUCUUUUUUAAGGAAAAAUACUUUGAGUUCCUGUUGAUUCUUUUUUGUAGAGAAAUGGUCUUUAGCUUUUAGUCGUGACUAUAUCUUAAAAUUUUGUUAAGCGAACUUUGGGUACCUAUAUACUUCGCACUAACUAGUUGAAAAGGUAGUUCUCCACAUUUCAUUAAAAGACGAGUACUUAAGUAAUAUAUAUACCUAAUGUAUGUUAUGAUCAAUGUGGUAAAUUUACGUGUAGAUUUACUGAUUAUACAUAAGAUGGUGCCAAUUAUGUAUGUAUUCAUCAUUCGAAUAACUAUAAAUUGUAGUAAUGUUGCAUUCGUUUUUUCUGCAAUGUUUUUGAUUCUUAUAAGCUUAAUAAUUAGAGCAUAAAAAAUGAGCAAAUUUUUGGUUUACGAUUUUGUAAAGUCACAAAAUUGUGCGAAACUUUUUUAGAAUUUAAGAAAUCUCAUGCCAAUUAUUUGUUUUUAUGAGACGACCUUCGUGGUCGGGUCCUGGGUUCGAUCCUCGGCCGGGUCAAUGUAGAAACUUACUUUUUGUUUACUGUCUCUGUUCUGAUUUCCAUACGUGCUUCAGUUACUUAGGAUCAGAGUACUACGUACGUGAUGUCUACCAUGUUUAUCUAAAAGUCUUUGUAAGACGCGUAAAGGAAUCACCACACCUAUCGACUAUGAAUAGAGUUAAGCCGUUCAGAAAAAGAUUUAUGGAAAGAGACGUGCGCUACGCGUCGCCGUCGGUGCUCCGAGCGGAAUGCAUGGACAAAAAGAUGUUUAUGACCGUCUCGAGCCAAUUCCGCGUUAGUAAGUGUGGUGACACCGUUAGACUGAAAGGCAAUUUUUUGACGAAGAAUGAGAGGAAGCGAAUCUUGUAUUAUCAUCAAAUAUUUCACUUUGAGUUGACUGUACUUUAAAAAGGUAUACUAUUUUCCUAAUGGCAAAAUUUUUAUUACUUGUUGAAUGGAUUCAUAAACCGUAGCAGGAGUCGUCUUUUACGUUUCUCAUUCAUCAUUAUACAUGAUAGUAAGUGUAAAAUAUAAUAAUUUUGAUUACAG